CACACAAAUGCACACACACACACACAGGUUCAACAUGAACGGGUUCACCCAGGCAUUGGCUAUGAUCCACGCUGUAGAGUCGGCCAACAGAUCCCCUGUCCUGACUACACUAGGGAUCUCUCUGGGGUACCGUAUCCAUGACUCCUGCUCUGAUGUCACCACUGCUCUGAGGGCCUCAGCUGACUUCACACAGGUAAAAGCUCUUUAGCCAAAACGUUGGUCAAAUCAAUCCACAGCAAGGAUAGACGACUGUGUGACCUCUUUUUCAUGUGUAUAGUUCAUCUUCCAUUAGCCAGCACCUCAUAUAAAGGGUGUACAUUUUUUACUUCACACAGGAGCCAACCACGGACUGUAGGAGAGGGGCCAACACCUCUACCUGUCCCCCGCCUAUCAUGGCCGUCAUAGGGGCCUCUUCCUCUGAGAUUUCCAUCUCCGUUGCCCGGCAGCUCAACCUAGAGCUCAUUCCUCAGGUAAGCAGUCAAAACCCACCCACAGAGUGACGAUUGAUGGACAGUAACAAAAGGGUUGAUAAAAUAAUGAAUAACUGAGUUGUGUUGAGUUAAUGGUGACAGUAUUGAGCUACUUGACAGACAGCAAUGACAGACAGCAAUGAUGAUACAAAUGAAUGACAAAAUCACUCCAACACAGGACCACUGGAAAUUCAUUCUCUCUUCGAAUCAUUACAGAUCAGUUACGCCUCCACCGCCGUCAUCCUGAGCGACAAGAACCGUUUCCCUACGUUCCUGAGGACCGUACCUAGCGACCUGUACCAGACGCAGGCCAUGGUCCAGUUGCUUAGCGACAGCAAAUGGACCUGGGUGGGCGUGAUCACCACGGAUGGAGACUACGGCCGCUCAGCCCUUGACAGCUUCGUCUCCCAGGCAACCGUCUCAGGGAUCUGUGUGGCCUUCAAGGAGAUCCUCCCUGAUUCUCUAACCAGCCCUGACAGUGAAUCAGCAGUCAGGCAAGCCGCUGCCACCCUCCGCCGGCACCCCAAUGUCAAGGUGGUGGUGUCAUUCGCCAAGCCUACUCAAAUGAUGUACCUAUACCAGGAGCUGAUUGGUCCGGGGUCGGGGCUGGGGGAGAGGGUGUGGGUGGCCAGUGACAGCUGGUCCUCGUCCAAAGAGGUCCUGGGAAAGAUGGACCUCCCAGAUAUCGGCCAUGUGGUGGGCUUCACCUUCAAAAGAGGGGACCUGGCUCCUUUCCAUCACUACCUGAUGAAUCUGAGUGACAGCAAUGAUGUCAUAGGAAACAACUCCUUCCUAAAGGAGUUCUACUCCCUGCCAAACGGGUCGGGAGACCCAGGGGUUGUGUCCUCCUCCACAGGCGCAGCAAAGAUCCUGCUAAACAACUGCCAUGCGGACAUAGUCUUCAGUGUGGAGAUGGCUGUCAGUGCCAUCGCCCAUGCAGUGGCUGAUAUCUGCAGCAAAAAGGACUGCAAGACAGCAGGCACUGUCCAACCCUGGAAGGUAGCUACUGCACAACUCCUCAUGUCAGCACAUCAAACUGUACUUAUAUACUGUAUCUCAUAUAAUAUACACCGAAUAUACCAAACAUGAGGAACACCUUCCUAAUAUUGAGUUGCACCUAAGAAAAUCCUCUAUUUGUUGGGGCAUGGACAUAGUGUCGAAAGUGGUCUAGAAGGAUACUGGCCCAUGUUGACUCCAAUGCUUCCCACAGUUGUGUCAAGUUGGCUGGAUGUCCAUUGGGUGGUGGACCAUUCUUGAUACACACGGGAAACUAUUGAGCGUGAAAAACCCAGCAGCGUUGCAGUUCUUGACACCUGGCACAUACUGCCAUAUCCCGUUCAAAGCCACUUAAUCGCACACAUACACAAUCCAAGUCUCAAUUGUCUCAGGGUUAAAAAUCAUUCUUUAACCUAUCUCCUCCUCUUCACCUACACUGAUUGAAGAGGAUUUAACAAGUGACAUGGAAAUAGCAGGUUUUCUUAAUGUUUUGUGUACUCAGUGUAUUUUGGAUAUGGCUUGGGUCUACGAUAUGUGAACAUGCAUAUGAAAAAUGCAUUUGCAUUUGUUUCAGGUGCUUGAAGCACUGAGGGGCAGUCGGUUUGAGCUGGAGGGGAAAAGCUACAGGUUUGACCCAAAAGGAGACAUUAACCUGGGCUAUGAUGUAACCCUGUGGAGGUCUGUGAGAGGGGUCAUCAACAUCAGUGACAUUAUAGCUGAGUACCAUCCAAUCAACAACAGCUUCAGCUACACCAGCGGACACACCAAAGAAAUCACUGACCUGAAGGUAAGGGUUAGGGUUAGGGUUAGGGUUGGGGUUAGGGUUAGGGUUAGGGUUAGGGUUAGGGUUAGGGUGAGGGUAAAGGUUGAGGGUGAGGGUUAGGGUUAAGGUUAGGUCUCACUCUCUUUCAGUCUGUUUGCUAGGCUGCCACACAAAGUACACAUCCAUAUUAACCUAUCUGUAGCGAUUGAUUGACGCAGAGAGUAAAUCACGGAAUAAAUCGUUUAAUCAAUAACCAGAGGUACGCAUCAAUGCGUAAUACACAACAGUGCAGACAAACGAUGCACGGGGGAAAAUAAGGCACACGGGUGAACAACACAGCGAUACACAAUAAAUUCGAGCACCACCGAACUAUAAUCUCCUCUACAAUAAACAAUCACACAGAAAGACAAGGGGGCAGAGGGAACACUUAUACAGGUACUGAUGAGGGGAUAUGGACCAGGCAUGUGUAAUAAACAAGACAAAACAAAUGGAAUGAUGAGAUGAGGAUGGCGACGGUGGAAAUCCCGCAACAGGGAGGGAUCGAGGAUAUCCCUCACCGGGACCCAGUACCGCUCCUCCGGACCGUACCCCUCCCGCUCCACGAGGUACUGAAGGCCCCCUACCUGAUGCCUCGAAUCCAGGAUGGAACGGACGGAGUACACCGGGGCCACCUCGAUGCCUCAGACUCCUGGAGCGGACCAGCCACCACCAGCCUGAGGAGAGACACAUAGAACGAGGGGUUAAUACGAUAAUCUGGAGGGAGUAGUAACCUAUAGGUAACCUAAUUUAUUCUCCUCAGGACUUUGAAUGGCCCCACAAACCGCAGGCUCAACUUCCGGCAGUGCAGGCAGAGGGGCAGAUUCUGGGUCGAGAGCCAGACCCUAUCACCCGGUACAAAGACCGGGGCCUCACUGCGGUGGCAGUCAGUGUUGGCCUUCUGGCGAUGCACGGCGCGCUGGAGAUGGACGUGAGCAGCGUUCCACGUCUCCUCCACGCGCCGAAACCAGUCAUCCACCGCAGGAGCUUCGGUCUGGCUCUGAUGCCACAGUGCCAGAACCGGCUGAUAACCUAAAACAGUUUGAAAUGGCGUGAGGUUAGUGGAGGAGUGGCGGAGAGAGUUCUGGGCAUAUUCGGCCCAUGGCCAGAACACCGACCACUCCCCCGGCCGGUCCUGGCAGUAGGACCACAGGAACCUACCCACAUCUUGAUUCACCUGCCCAUUAGACUCGGGGUGAAACCCAGAGGUCAGGCUGACCGAGACCCCCAGACGUUCCAUGAAAGCCUUCCAGAUCCUGGAUGUAAACUGGGGACCCUGUUCAGACACUAUGUCCUCUGGAACCCCAUAGUGCCGCAAUACAUGAGUAAACAGGGCCUCCGCAGUCUGCUGGGCCGUGGGGAGAACGGGCAGAGGAAGGAGGCGGCAGGCUUUGGAAAAGCGAUCCACAACAACCAGGAUGGUGGUGUUACCCUGAGAGAGGGGAAGAUCAGUAAGAAAGUCAAUACACAAGUGGGACCAUGGCCGUUGUGGAACUGAUAAGGGAUGUAACUUACCCGCUGGGGGGGGCUUAGGUGCCUUACUCUGGGCGCACACUGAGCAGGAGGAGACAUACACCCUCACAUCCUUAGCCACGGUAGGACACCAGUACUUUCCGGUCAGGCAGCGCACUGUACGGCCAAUACCUGGAUGACCAGAGGAGUGGGACGUGUGUGCCCAAUAGAUCAGACGGUCACGGACAAGAGACGGCAUGUACUGCAGUCCAGCUGGGCACUGAGGUGGAGAUGGCUCUGUGCGGAACGCCCGCUCUAUGUCCGCGUCCAUCGCCCACACUACCGGCGCCACAAUGCAGGAGGCCGGGAGUAUGGAGGUGUUGUCUAUGGGCCUCUCCUCUGUGUCGUACAGCAGUGACAGUGCGUCUGCCUUCAUGUUCUUCGUACCUGGGAUGUAAGACAGUGUAAAAUCAAACCGGGUGAAGAAUAGGGCCCACCUGGCCUGGCAAGUGUUCAGCCUCCUCGCUGCCCGGAUGUACUCCAGGUUACGGUGGUCCGUCCAGACAAGGAAAGGGUGUUUUGCCCCCUCGAGCCAGUGCCUCCACACGAUCAGGGCUCUGACAACAGCCAACAGCUCCCGAUCACCAAUGUCGUAGUUCUGCUCCGCCGGGCUGAGCUUCUUGGAGAAGAAGGCACAGGGGCGGAGCAUGAGACAGUACAGCGCCUAUCCCUACCUCGGACGCAUCCACCUCCGCUACGAAUGGUAGAGAUGGAUUGGGAUGGGCCAGUACCGGGGAUGAGGUGAACAGAACCUUCAGGUUACUGAAGGCCCUGUCAGCCUCAGGAGACCAGCGGAGCCGGGACAGCCCACCCUUCAACAGAGAAGUGAUGGGAGUUGCGACCUUGCCAAAGCCUCGGAUAAACCUCAGAUAGUAGCUGGCAAAGCCAAUAAAGUGCUGUACCUCCUUUACCGUGGUUGGAAUCGGUCAAUUACGCAUGGCUGAAAUGCGAUCUCCCUCCAUCUCCAAUCCCUGCCCGAUGAGGUGGUAAUUUGGUCGCCUGCGUUUUGGAAAACGCGUGCGCCAAAUCAAGGUAUUCGUGGGGAAUGCGCAUGGUGGAGGUAGUGUCUGGACUUUCCACUAUGGUUGCACCAACGGAAACAGCCAGACACCUACCCUGACACUCUCGCGACCACCCUGUGAGAACCUUCUGCGGCCAUGAAAAGGUGGGGUUGUGUAGUGCUAACCAGGGAAGACCCAACACGACAGGGAAAUCAGGUGACUCAAUAAUAAAAAAAAGUGACUUGCUCUCAAUGGGUGUCUUGUGUAACCAUCAUGACUGGUGCUGUAACCUCCCUAACGAACCCUGACCCUAAUGGUCGACUGUCAAGUGAUUGGAUGGGUAGUGGAAUGGAUAGGGGAACCAAUGUAAUACAUAGACUAUGUGCUAACGACCUGUCCAGAAAGUUCCCAACUGCGCCUGAAUCGACCAGCGCCUUACACUGGGGAACUACCGUGUAAUCAGGGAAGUGGAUUUGUAGGGUACAGUGCGCAGCAGAGGGCUCUGAAUGAGUGUGCGUGUUCCUGCCUGCCGCCUCCAGACCCAAAAGUACACUGAUGACAGCGUGCAGUAGAAUGUCCUCUCGUGCCACAAGAGUGACAAUGGCGCUGUCGUCCUCCGCCGCACCACCCAGCUCCAUCAUCUUGUGAUCCGGGUUGGGGGGGUGAAACGGGCAGGUGUCCUCUAGAAGCCAGCAGAUUGUCCAACCGGAUGGCCAUGUCCACCAGUUAAUUGAAGGACAACGUGGUAUCCCGGCAGGCUAGCUCCCUUUGGACGUCCUCUCGCAGGUGGCACCGGAAGUGAUCGAUGAGGGCCCGCUCGCUCCACCCAGACCCAGCCGCUAGAGUCCUGAACUCCAGGGCAAAGUCCUGCGCGGUCCUCGUCCCCUGCCUCAAAUGGACCAGCCGCUCUCCCGCCUCUCUCCCUUCGGGAGGGUGAUCGAAGACGGCCCAGAAGAGGCGAGCGAACUCCCCGUAGUUGUCCAACGCGGCUCAUCCUUCACUCCAGACCGCGUUGGCUCACUCCAGGGCUUUGCCCGAGAGGCAGGAGACGAGGGCGGACACCUUCUCCCGCUCCGAGGGAGCCGGGCUGAUGGUGGAGAAAUAGAGGUCCAGCUGCAGGAGGAAACCCUGGCAGCGGGCUGCUGUCCCUUCGUACUCCCUCGGUCGGGAAAGGUGAAUCCCUCUGGGUGCUGGGGUGUGGGUGGCUGGAUCCGGUAGCUCAGCUGGUCCCGAAGGGUCGGGUCCUCUCCCCUCCGGGCGUUGGACGACCUGGAGAACCCGAUCCAUCGCUUCGCCCAAGCUGGCUAACAUAUUCGAAUGCUCCCGGACCCGGUCCACGACUCCAGACAUAUUCCCGGUUCCUGCUGACUCCAUGUAUUCGGGUGUGUGAUUCUGUAGCGGGUGAAAAUAAGGCACACGGGUGAACAACCCAGCGAUACACAAUAUAAUCGAGCUCCACUGAGCUAUAAUCUCCUCUACAAUAAACAAUCACACACAAAGACAUGGGGGCAGAGGGAACACUUAUACAGGUACUGAUGAGGGGAUAUGAAUCAGGUGUGUGUAAUAAACAAGACAAAACAAAUAGAAUGAUGAGAUGAGGAGCGGCAGUGGCUAGAAGGCUGGUGACGACGAACGCCGAAGCCUGCCCGAACAAGGAGAGGAGGCAGCUUCGGAGGAAGUCGUGACACUAUCCCACUUGACAUAGUGAGACACAAACACAAACAUGUCGGUAUGUCAAACAAUCUACCUUUUCUUCCUCAAAGUGACUAAAGAAAACUAAACAUACCUGUUUGAGAGACUUCUCAGACAAACUGGAAAACAAGUAAAGAUGGAAAUUAAAUAAUCAGUGAAACAAUGAGCAUUGUUUGAAUAUGAAAACCACAUACCUUGGCACACACUGGGAGCACCUGUCUGUUAUCACACAUUUCUGUUAGAUCUCAGUGAUGCUCUAAAAACAAAACAAAAACAAUACUCAUAAUUACCAGAGCAUAUAAUCCCUGGUUGAAUAGUUUGAAUACACCAGGUCUAUUGAACAAGUCGAGAGCUAGGUUAAACUGUGCCCUGGAAACUGGCCGUACAUGUAUAGUCUAAUUUGAAUACUACUAUUAAUAGAUUUCAGUCACAGUUUUUGGGGGUCAGCCAUUUAAAUUAGUGCAUUGUUUCCCAAUGCAGGAUGUGGUGUCUGUGUGCUCAGCUAGCUGUGAACCUGGGAUGUUCAAGAAGACUGCUGAGGGUCAGCACACCUGCUGCUAUGAAUGUAUCAACUGUACUGAGAACCACUUCACCAACAACACUGGUUAGUUCUCCUGUACUGUCUCUCCAUACACACCAGUGUACUCUAACUCUCCUCAGUUCACACAAUCUUACAACACUGUCCUUAUCCAACACUGUUAGUACUAGGGAACAACACAUAUAUUUCUAAAUGCUAAACAGUUGUUCAAGCACUAUCCUCCCUUCCAACUCUUUGUGUGCCUCUGUCUGCUCUCCAGACAUGGACCAGUGUCUGUCUUGUGACACAAAGAGAGAGUGGUCCUUGGAAGGGAGCUCUGGAUGUACCCAUAAGACCCUGGAGUUCUUCUCCUGGCAGGAUGGCUUUGCGGUGGUGCUGCUGGCGCUGGCGGCCCUGGGCAUCAUCCUAGUUCUCCUGGUGGGGGCGCUCUUCCUACACCACCACCAGACCCCCGUGGUGAAGGCUGCCGGGGGGCCUCUCUCCCAGCUCAUCCUGCUCUCCCUAGUGGGAAGUUUUGUUAGCGCUGUGUUCUUCGUAGGUCAUCCCAGCAGCCUCCAGUGUAAGGUAUGUACGGUACACACAGUUUGGGAAACACUUCUGUAAUGCACUGUCUGUGACAUUGUCUGAUUGUACCAGUGUCAGUUUGUGAAUUCAUGGUUUAUUGUGUGUGUAUUGUUCUGAACCUUUUGUAACUUUGUGGCAAGGAAAUUAGUUUGUAGACGCAAAGCAAAUGUUAAUACAAAGAGAUAAUACAGUUCUGUCUCAUUGUCUCAUCUCUUCUCAUCUCAUUGUCAAGGUGCGUCAGGUGCUGUUUGGCCUCAGUUUCACCCUGUGUGUUUCCUGCAUCCUGGUCAAGUCCCUGAAGAUCCUGCUUGCCUUCCAGCUCAACCCUGAUCUGAAGGACGUUCUCCGCCGCCUCUACCAACCCUACGCCAUCAUUUGUCUCUGUGUGGCCCUACAGGUUCUCACCUGCACCCUGUGGCUGGUCCUGCAGAGCCCCUGGGACAAGGCCACCGUCUUCGCCACCACUGUGCUGGCCGAGUGUGACGAGGGCUCCUACGUGGCGUUUGGUGUGAUGCUGGGCUACAUUGCUGUCAUGGCGCUUGUCUGUUUCGCCUGCGCGUUUAAAGGCCGCAAGCUGCCACAGAAGUACAACGAUGCCAGGUUCAUCACCUUCAGCAUGCUCCUCUACUUGAUGUCCUGGGUGAUCUUCGUGCCCAUCUAUGUGACCACCUCAGGGAAGUACCUGCCAGCGGUGGAGAUGGUGGUCAUCCUCAUUUCCAACUACGGCGUCCUCAGCUGUCAUUUCUUCCCCAAGUGCUACGUCAUCCUCUUCAAGAAGGAGCACAACACCAAGAAUGCCUUCAUGAAGAACGUGUAUGAGUAUUCCAGAAAGGGCAUUUCUGACUCUAGUGCUGUCUCUGAGACUUCAGUCUCUCAGACAGAAGGGAAGUGCACCAGUCACCCUUACUCCAUCAGUUCACCUUCUUUCUUCAUGUCUCUUCCACCAAUAGAACCCACAGCAUCUCAGAACUGCUGGUCCAUUAUCCAGUACAUUGACACUGCCACCCAGUGCACCGUAGUAGACCAUGGAGUGUUUGUCACAGGUCAGCUGACUCGACCAUACCAUCUGAGAAGAAAGAGCCUAUGAGUGGACCACUGUCUGGGACUUUUACUUCUUAUGGUACAUAACACAGUGUGUCUCUAUGUUUCUCUCAUUGGUUUGACUGUUAAACAUUUUGCUUAGUCUACUGGUACGUUUUUUGCCCAAGCGGGUUGUUGAUUUUUACAUUCAAGGGUAACACUUUAUUUGACACUGAUAUGGACAUGACAAACAGGCAUAACUUCUGUCAUACGGUGUCAUAUUUAUCUAUAAAUAUUUGUAUUGGUUACGCAUCAAUGGUAUGCAGGAUUGCUUUAUUUGUGAACUGCAUAUAGUGUCUAUACACACUUUAGUGUGAAAUCAUGGGGGAUGUUGGUAUUUGCUAUGGGCAUACUGUCAUGUCAUGUAUUGGAUCCCUGAAUAGGCAGUUUCUGUGCGCAAUGUGUACAGUAAACAGCAUUUAUCUGCGAGCUAAUGCAGCAGGAUACAUAUGAGAUAUUAUACAACGGGUGGGUCUAAUCCUGAAUGCUGAUUAGUUAAAACCCCAUUCCGCUGUCUCAUCAGCCCAGCCAAGCAAUUUAUAAACAUGAUCUCCACUAUAAAAAGCAUCUAGACAUUAUCUCACAUUUCUUUUAGACUAACAUUUAGUUUUCAACAGCGGAGAUUUGCAUAAACCUUGCUGUCUGUCUCCGACAUUUGCAACAUAGUUUCAAUAUUGAAAUUCGAUCUCCAGCUGUCCCAUAGUAAUGAAUGUGUUGGGAGUCGGGAUGAGACAGACACACAGGUAGGCAGCGUUUCUCAGCCAGUCAAAAUCAUGAAUCAGCUGGCAUCGUUUUUAUGGAUAUAUACAAAGAAAUGUCAAUUGAAAAAAGGUAAAAUGAAACGAAGUGCAGCUAGUUUCAGUCUUUCCAGCUUCACUUUGAAGUGAUUGUGUUAGCUGUGUUAUCUUCUAGCUCCUCUGAACAACAUUGUCCUCACGAGUGAGCACAUUUUCUAUGCCAGAUUUGUGUCGGGACUAUAUCUUGUCGAAGGAUGAACACCCGUGCCAAUAUAUGCUCCAAACACCGGCUUCUCAGGCAUUAUCACUUAAUUACAUUUCAUAUUGAAAACAUGUCUACGAUGAACACUAUUGUGGGAAUUUUGAUCUGUUUCUUAAUGCAGGCUAGUGGACGUUAUUUACAUUAUUACAUAUUUCCAAAUACCUUUAAAUCUAUUUCCACAUUAUUCAUGUAUAUUAUUCAUGUAUAUAUCCACAUUAUUUUCUGUAUAUUAAAAGUUUGAAUGUGCAGUUGACUUUCAGUUGCUGUUUCCAUGCUCUACAUACACACCCAUUAAAUUAUUUACCCAUUUAAGCAGGUGUAACUUC